GACCUCGACAGGGUUGUUAAAUGCUCACAUCUAAUCUCGUGGAUGCAUCAUAUUAGUCCCAAGAAUGACGUUCCUUUGCUGUAGAAGUGACUCGAUUGAUGAAAGUAGGCCUAGAACUUUUUCGUCCAGAAUCUUUAGAUCUUGCACUAAAGCAGGCCAGAGUACUCAUCGAGGAUGCCGAAAAUUACCGUUCGAUAAAUCAUAAGCUGGACAAACAUAGUUUGAUUAUGUAUGAAUUGUCGCACGGUCUGCGUUUAACGAUACUUCAUCGAGCUUCCUUAGUGAUAUUGUUCUUGCUUCCAUUCUUCGAAUGGCCUUCCUCCCUGACAAUGUCGUCCGAUAUCAGGUUGAAACUAAAACCUCCAAAUCUGCCAUGUGGAGUCACAGAAGGAAUAGAGUUUUUGUGUUUGUUGAUCAUAUCUAUUCAAUCAAUUUUGCUGUCAGGAGCAUUUGGACUUCCCUGGGUUCGUGAAAAUCCGUGGUUAAUUGGAAAAUAUAUUUUCCUUGUAAUUUAUCUUUUGGAUCUUAUAGUUUCUUUGUCACUUCGAUGCUCCGAAUAUUAUCGCAUUCGUCGUCUUAUUCGGCCGUAUUUUCUCAUCAGUAGCUCACAAUUAAUGAAGAAAGUUUUAAAGUGUUACAGAAGAACACUGCCAACACUUUUUAAUCUUCUAUUCCUGCUGGGAUUUUGGUUAAUUUCGGCUACUUUAGUUGCAAUGUGCGUUUUCAAUAAACCAAAUCGAGAUUUAACUAAGAAUAGUAUCGUCAAUACCACAACUACUGCAUUCACUGACUUUUAUGAUACAUUAUUCAGUCUUUUGGUACUUUUAACCACAACGAAUCAUCCUGAUAUUUUAAUUCCACCAUAUAAUGGGAACAGAGGAACAGCAAUUUUCUCAAUUGUUUAUCUUGGUGUAGGAUUGUAUGUACUUUUGAACAUUCUCACAGCUGCUGUAUAUAGUGAGUUCAGUGGUUAUUUAAUGUCUUCAGUACAAACGCGUUUGAUGAGACGUCGAGUUGCAACAAGAGCAGCUUUUGAAGUAUUAAAAUAUGAACAUAACGGCAUAGAGCUAGUAUCAAGUGAUGAUAUAGUUGGACUAAUUAAAACUGUUCAUAUAGAUACUUGGAAGAAAGAUACACUACGUCAGGUAUAUUUUAUGAGACAUUGUCAUGGAAAUAUUAAUGCAAAACAAUUUAUGCAAUUAUUUAAAAUAUUGGAUUUAUCGGGUCCAGCAAAUCAGUCAAUACCUGAACAAAUACCAUCUCUUAGGGUGGCUCGUAUAUUUCAAACAUGGAUUAUGUCAAAAGGAUUUGAGCUGGUUCGAAUUAUAAUAUCAGUUUUCAAUGUAGUAUUUUUAUGUGUGGAUAUAUCUUACAGUCUUUCAACUGGAAAGUAUCCUGGAGUUAUAAUGCGUAUAAUAAGUUGGGGUUUCACAAUAUUUUAUGUAUUUGAACAAAUUUCUUUUCUGUGGGCAUAUGGUCAAAAAGCAUUUUUUUCAAAAAAAUCUAAUAUAUUUGGAUUAUUUAUAGUAGCUAUAAUAUUUGUUGUUAAAUUAAUUGAAUUAACCCUGUUACUUAUUAGCCAUCAAAUGCAACAUAUUUCACAAUUUAGAAUGACAAUCUGGAACAUUGUUCGUUUAAGUAAUAUCCUCUUAUUAACACGUACUACAAGACUAAUUGUCCUGUUUCCUUGGACACGAUUAGUUGUUAGUGUUUUAGCUGAUCUGCCAAGUAAUCUAACCCCUGUUCUUGGAAUACUCAUAUCAGCAUUUUACUUUUAUGCAUUAUUGGGUAUGAAUUUAUUCCAUGAUGUUAUUAAAUAUCACAAUUCCACAAAUUCAUCAAAUCCAGAAACCUAUCAAUGUGGGACUUACCAGGAGUUGCAAUACUGGUCUAUACAUUUUAAUGAUUUUGCUGCCAGCCUUGUGCUUUUAUGGGAUUUAAUGGUAGUCAAUAAUUGGCAAAUAAUUGUAUUCGCAUAUCAACAAGCCGUGAACAGAUGGGUUCACAUUUAUAUGAUUAGUUGGUGGCUAUUUGUUGUCGUUGGAAUACUCAGUUUAACUACUGCAUUCAUAAUCGAGGUAAUUAUUUGUUUGCUAAACAAUAAUAGCCUGUCUAUUUUAAAUAUUUUUAUGUUCAGCGCUUAACGGCAUGUUGUUUGAAGACAGUUUGAGAACAAAAACGACACUAUAAUGUUACACAGUACACCUUAGUAUUUAUCUUUUUAUGCAUUAGGACUGAAACGAAUAAACAGGAUCUCGAUCGAUGGAAAAUAUUUCACGAUACGAUGUGGCCAAUCAAUGGCUACUCUCGGGAUUAAAUAAUUGACGUAUUCUAUCAAUCAUACUGAUAUCAAAAAACGAAGCCACUAUACAGUAUGCCAGGUUUUCUCUUCUAACAAAGUAACACAUAUAUAUACAAAAUACUGAACAUAAAACUAACUGCAUUUGCUAAUUUUCUCUAUGAUCAUGAGUGAUUUUAUUUCGAACUAUAUUUCUCUCUCCAAAUAAAUUAAAUUUUUCUACUUCAUAAUGAUAGGAAGCUAUUUUAGAAACAGAAAACAUUACUCAUCCAAAAAUGAGUUGCAAAAUAACGAAGAGUCAGAUUGUUUGAAUGAAGCCAUAACAACAGUUGAGGCAGAAUAAUAUGAAUUCAUAAUAUUUCAUAGUUUCUCAUCAGCUACUUCCAACUGUAUAUGGUACUAAAAUCUAACAUUGAGGUAUGAUGUAUUGUGAAACAACUAACAUUGAUAACAGAAAGAACUAGAAUAACAAAGAUUCUCAAUAAUAACUAUAUACAUAUAUCUGUGUAAGAACCUAUGUAAGGUCAUUUGGAGAUGGAAUUUAAAAACAAGAGGUGAUUGAGGUAGAAAUUACAUGAAGUCUGGAAACAUAUAGGACGAUGUGUGUGAUGUUUAUAGAGAUUGUGCAGCGUUUACAUAAGAUUCAUAUCCCUUGAAAAUAAAUAUGUGAAACAUUUGGUUAUGAGUUAGUAAUUGUCUAGAAUAAGAACUUUAUAAGAUGGGUUACUAAUUAAGUAACCGGGAUUUGAAGAGUUUACAUAAGUUUGAGGAAUUAAGUGAAUGAAAAAACCGAUAGUUGAAGUGAUGAUUUUGGGGUACAUAAAAUAAGAAUAAGUUUGACGAAGAUCACAUGAAAAAAUAAACGCUAACAAAAUACUAAAAACGACAAUGACAAAAAAAUAAUAAUUUACCAAGGUCGUGAUAAGUUGAUUAUUGUCUCUUUCUGGACAGAUAAAUCAGGUUCAAUUUUCCUUAUUACUACUGCUUCGGCAAACCGGAGAGAUGCUGCGUUUUUUUUUGUCUGCUAAUAAUUUCGAAGGGUUGUGGAAUUUCAAUGAUAUGUCCGGUAUCAGUUAAAUUCCAUGCUAUUGCAUUAUUUAGAGACGUUGCACCUCUCAGCCUUAAAUUCUUUGGAGUGUGUUCAGAAACGCGAACCUGCACUCUUCUCUCUGCUCUUCCAAUGCAUGUACUUUGGCAUGUGCAUGUCAAUUUAUAAAUACAAUUAGAGGUACUAAGAAAGAAGGACGUUUCAACUUUUGCUUGUUUGGGUGAGCAGUCCGUUUCAUUUAACGUCUUUAGUCUUGAUAAUGGAUAAGCGGCCUUCAUCGCGUCAUUCAUCCUGUAGUUAAUUAUUCUAGUGAUUUCAUCUCCUUUUACAGCGCAUCAGGUUUUCACUUCUACUAUAUCGUGUUUAGCACUUACGUUGGUUUUGCCAUAUUUCUUGACGAAUUUCACUGGAUAUGCAUUUUCACGUAGGCAAGUUGUAGUAAUAGCAAGUUCUUCUUCUAGGCUUGCGUCUUGAGCAAAGUUUAUGAGCGUGGUCAGGUUAUUUACUGUAAUUCAUCUCAACACAAAAUAUUAUUUCUUACUUCAUUUAUUUGAUGUUUGAUUUUUCUUAGGGAACAGGUGUUCAGCUUAAUUGGAGUUACUUGGAGAGUUUUGAUCCCAUCUUCUGGAUAGCAAGGGUUCUUCGGUCCCUAUUGUAUCAUUUAAUUUAAACUAGUAAAGAUUAAUUUAGAUUUAAUCCGAGGACAUAAUUGAUAAGCAUCGAUAAUAUUGGUUUUGUCUAGAAUCAAUUUUUGGAAUAAAGCAAAAGAAUUCUUUCACAUGGUGGAUAUUCGAAUAAGGCACAUCGAUAUAAAAAUGUUGUAGCUAUUAUAACAAGACUGUUAAAUAAAAUAUACACUACAUGCUGCAAAAUAACUACUUGAAGAUAAACUUCCUUUUUCAUUGUUAUUGUUACCAUAUUAUGUCGAUCGCUUUCUCCAUUUAUUUAUUUGUAUCCAUCUUGUCAUGCUAUUAUGGUAUAGCAACUUGGACUAUCUCACAUCUAAGCAGGGUUAUAUGUUGAUGAUGGUGACCAACUAAUUGACUUAUCAACACUGAAACGAUUAAGUGAUAUAGAAUUAUCCUAUAUAUGUUAUAUUAUCUGAGAUUAAUUCUUUUCAUUGUUUUAAAUUCAGAAAGAGCCAUAUUUUCAUACUAAUCAAUAAUUUAUUCAAAUAGAGCAAGAACAAACAUUGA